AUGCAUCAUAAUACUAAUAUAAUAAUAUCAUCUGUUUCACCCAGCAUGUCCGCCCUUUCCCCCAAGCGGUGGCGCGUGGGGGAGAGGGUGGAGGUCUCCCGCCAGGGAGAACGCCUUCAGGGGACGACUUUUGAGGCGCCUCAAAGGUGGCGCGUGGGGGAGAGGAUGGAGGUUUCCCGCCAGGGGGCGGGCCUUCAGGGGGGAUGGUUCACCGCCGUGCUGCUGGCAGUAGACAGAGGCACGCAGUGGGGUUCAGUGCGGUACGAGGAGAUGAUGGAGGCGGACGUGGUGACCAGACUGAGUGAACACGUCAGCCUGGAUCAGAUCCGCCCCGUGCCACCUGGCAUGGAGGGAGACGACCCUGCCACGUGGGACAAGGGCCGUGCGGUGGAGGCUUGGCACAACAAUGCCUGGUGGAUCGGCACGAUCCUUGGCCGAACCACGCCCGAACCUGACUCUCCAGGUGCCGCGCCUGGUGCUAGGCUCGCUAUGGCAACUGCUGCAGUGGCAGCUGGUGAUGCAUGCGCAGUCGGAGGUGAUGGAAAAGGGGUUUCAGGGGACGAGGCUCAGGAGGGGAACGAUGUCCUAAUGGGGGGUGAAGCGACGAUCUGUGAGGCGCCUCAAAAGGCAUCAGGGGCCGAGGCUCAGGGGGGGGAUGAGGUUUUAAUGGGGGAACGAGCGGGAACAGGCAGGGCGCAAGAGGAAGGAGACGAGAUGGCAGCAGCAACAGCAGCAGCAGAAGCAGAUUCAGAAGGCCAGGGUGUCGUGAAGACACAGGCUGGUGCUCUUGAGGAGAAGAAAGGUCACGGGGAGCAGAUUCUAUCGCAUGGGCAGGUGACAGAAGGAGAGGGAGCUGUUAUUGAAGGGCGGGCAGGCUCUGGUUUGAAGACACAGACUGCUGCUCUUAAGGAGAAGAAAGGUCACGGGGAGCAGCUGCAUCAGUUGCAAGGACGGGUGACAGUAGGAGAGUGUACCAUUAAUGAAGGAAUGGCGGGCUCCGUCAGUGUGGGUGAUGCUGGUGAUUGUAACGGGUGUGAGGGAGGAGUUGACCAAGGGGAUGUUGGGGAGAGGGAUGGUGGGGCAAAGAACGAAGUGAACGAGAAGGGUGGGGAGGAGCGUGGAGAGAAGGUCAGAGAGGAAAGUGGAGAUAUUGGAGGGAAGUUUUUGGGGAGUGAGAAGCGAGGAAAUGAGGAGGUCACUGGUCUAGCCACGAUACUUGGCCGCACAGCAGGCAUCUGUGCGCUUUCACUUCGUGCAGUGGGAGGGGAGGGGUUAACACAAGGAGUGGAAGAGAAGGGGCCGGGCCAAAGCGGGGACUCACAAACAGACGAAGUGGGUGAGCGUGAGUGCACGGCAGCAAAUUGCACCUGCCAGGAUGCUACGACUUGUCAAGUCAACCCUUGUCGGAUUGUUCCUAGCCAGAAAGACCCCUGUGAGGAUGCUAGUGCCUGUGAGGAUGACCCAUGGGACCUCAGUGGUGGUGCUGCUGGGAGGGAUGGUGCUACUUCUACUGCUGCUGUUGCAGUGGUUGUUUACAAGAGGAGGAAGAUGGCUCAGGGAUGGCUGGGAGCGAACAUGCAGAUACACAAGGGGAUGCUUGAGUGUGGCAUGCAAAGCAAGGGAGGCUUGAGUGAUAGUCAGGCUCCGGUGGUGAAUCAGGUGGGGAGAGGAGAGGUGGAGGAGAAGGAGGAGGGGGCUGGCAGUGGUGGUGGUAAGAUAUCAGGGAGUGGGGCUGAUAAGAGUGCGAUUGGUGGGAAGGCGAGGAAGAGGGAGGGGCUUGCGAGGCAGUGUAAGCGAACGAGAGGUGGAGGAGGAGAAAGAGGAGAAGUGGAAGAGGAUGAAAAGGGAGAAGGAAGGAGAGGAGGAGCCCUCAAGUCCUCCACGCAUGCAGCAGGCACCAAUCCGCCUUCCACUCCUGAUGCAGCAUUGAAGUCACCUGCUCUGCUAGAUUCACCUGCUCUGUUGAAAACACCUGCUGUGCAUCACGCCACAUCUGCAGUACCACCGGGCACACCUGUGGACACAUGCAUCCUUGGCGCUCCAGACAUUGGGAAACCUGCCAUUGGUGUCCCUGCCACCCCUGCAGCGAUGCCUGCUACCCCCAUGGUGGUUGGGGAGAAGCUGCGGGGGCAGCAGUGCCAACUGCCAGGCCAAAUGGCGAAGGUGGCUUCUGAAGCGCUUCAAGACAGGCGAGGAGAAGGAGGGACAGUAGAUGGUGGGAGGAGCAGUGAGGAGGUGGAGGAGGUGGAGGAGGAGGAGGAGGUGGAGGAGGUGGGAGAGGAGGGGGUGGGGGAGGAGAUGGUAGUAACUCCUGCGAAUGCUGGUAACCACGUUGCCUCGUCAGCGCGGGUAACCAGCACUCCACCAGGGCAGCUGUUGUGCUCCGAGCAGCACAUAGGCGGAGUGAAGCGGCAGCGCUUCUUCGGCUCCUGGCACCGCCAGGGCCCUCUCUUCCAAGACACUCACACUCGCACAGGGAUAGAGGGCCUUGCCGUGCACCGGCAGAGUGCUCUCUUUCAAGACACUCACACUCACACAGAAAUAGAGGGCCUUUCAGUGCCAAGGAUAGUCCACCACGCCAGCUCGGGUGCUGCUGAGGUGAACGAGCAGGAUAGGCCGUCUACUGGAUCGCUCUAUAGAGAGGAUACAGUGGGUUUGGUGCAUGGGGAGGAGAGAGGGGGCAGGGGAUUGGAGGCUGUGGCAGAGGCAGCGUAUGGAGGGGUGUUGGAUGCGCUGUGGGUUCAGGGAGGUGGAGAUGGGAUAACAUGGGAUAAGGAGGUUCUGCUUACAGACCUGCGCAGGGCUUUAAGUAUUUCGAAUGACCAGCACUCCCGGCUGCUUGCUGCUCUGCUGUCGCGGAGUGAGGCGCGAGACGCUAGCUGCAAAGAUCCCCCACCGCCAUCGCCUAGCCCCACUCCAAGCACGGUGCGUGUGUCUGUUGGCCCGCCGUCGGCUUCUUCCACUCCCAAGCGAGCGCGAAAUGGGAAGUGGGCGCAGAGUACUCUGGUCGUCGGAGGCCGCCGUAUUCCACCGCCUGACAAUGACAAGCCGGCAGAUCCUCCACCGAAAGAAGCUGAGCAACCGGAGGAAGUUGAUAUCCCUGUGCGCGCGGAUACCGGCUCGCCCGCACUCACCAAGAUGCAGCUGCGAGAGCAGGUGUACCUUGAGGCGAGUAUUAACUACGAGACGAAGUGGUCGCAACACUUUUCCUGGCUGGUGUUUGGGAAGACCAAGGACGGUUUUCCAUACGUGAAGUGCUCCAUCUGCAUGUCGUACGCGAAGGGGAACACGAGGUACGCCAUGCAAGGUGACGACGGUGGCCGUGACUUGCAGACGCAGUCUUUCAGGGCGCACGAGCAUACGGACGCACACAAGGCGGCGGUGGAUCGGCAGUUGAAGCUUGCGGCGGGCAUCCGCGAGGGCCAGCAGGCGAUUUUUGACUUCAUCAACUCCGACGUCGAGGGGCGGCGCGCGAUUCGUCUCAUGCGUGAGGCGUUGGCUGUGAAGGACGCCGCUGAGUCAAACGAGGACCUUGGCAUGGUCGACAAGGUGGCCUACGAGAUUGUGACGUGCUACAAGUUCCAGUUCUGUUUGUUUUUCCUGGCCGACAUUGUGGCCGACAUGAACGACCUCAACCGCUGCUUCCAGAGGCGUGAGCUGGAUGUGACUGAGAUUUCGAAGACUAUUGAGUCCACCACGGGUGACCUGACGGAGCGCUACUUGACGACAAACAAACCGUUCGGGGGCGAGGGGAAGAGCUGGAUGGUAAACUUCCUCAAGGUCCACAAGGAGGGUGGAGGCAAGCAGGUCCGGGUUCGAGGCGUGGACGGAGAGGGACGCCCAAUCAACCACCUCUACACCAUGCAUGAGAGGAAGCUGAAGGGCCACAAGCAGGGAAGCACCUACGCAGACUGCGUGAAGCUGUGCCGCCAAUUUGCCCGCGACUGCGUGGACAGCCUGAACGAACGGCUGGAUGACCUUGGGAAGCUGGGCCCGACGAAGCUGUUCCGGGCGGGGAAGUGGCCGAAGAUCAAGGCCCAGCGAGAGGAGAAGUGCAAGGAGUGGCUGCACGGAUGCAGCAGGCUCUUCCGCCACAAGCUGCCGGGAUUCGACCUCAAAGCAGCAGAGAGGGAGCUCCCGACAUUCUGCGCGAUCAUGGAGUCACACCAUGAGAUGGAGAGCUUCGCCCAGGGCCUUAACAACUUUCUUGGGAGCGUAGACUCAAAGAGGUAG